AUGGCAAACAAGAUUGGCAACGGCCUCGCCAAGGUCCUCGGCAUCGACUUGCACUACCGCAACGAAACUGGCUCAGACCGAGUAACUCGGGGCGAGAGUGUCUUCACCGUCGGCUCAGCUCACACAUACGUCGAAGAAGAGCCAACUGCCGCUGAGUGGGUUCGCGAAGUUAUUCCCUCCGGUGCAGAAUUCGGCCAGUACAUCUCCAGCCUCUUCCCGUUCGUCCACUGGAUCGGCCGAUACAACCUACAAUGGUUCAUUGGAGAUCUCAUUGCUGGAAUUACCGUCGGAGCCGUCGUUGUCCCUCAGGGCAUGGCCUACGCCAAACUGGCUCAGCUCCCUGUUCAAUUCGGACUGUAUUCUUCGUUCAUGGGUGUACUCAUCUACUGGUUCUUCGCUACAUCUAAGGAUAUCACCAUCGGACCUGUCGCUGUACUGUCGACCGUCACCGGUAACGUCAUUCUGAAGGCCGAGGCCACAGGUGUCCACGCCUCUCGAGACGUGAUUGCGUCUUCAUUGGCUGUCAUCGCUGGCUCAAUUGUGCUCUUCCUCGGUCUCGCGCGUCUGGGCUGGAUUGUGGAAGUCAUCUCGCUUCCUGCGAUCUCGGCGUUCAUGACAGGUUCAGCUAUCAGCAUUGCUGCCGGGCAAGUACCUACUAUGAUGGGUAUCUCUGGCUUCUCAACCCGUGAAGCUACAUACAAGGUCAUCAUCAACACCCUCAAGCACCUCGGAACCACAAACCUCGAUGCUUCCUUCGGUCUUACAUCGCUUUUUGCCCUGUACUUUAUUCGUUGGCUGUGCGGCCGUCUUGCAAAGCGUUAUCCCAGCAAGGCGAAGCUGUUCUUCUUCAUCAACACCCUGCGGACGGUCUUCAUCAUCCUUCUCUACAUUCUGGUCAGCUAUCUUGUCAAUCGUAACCACAGGAAGAAGCCUCUGAUCAAGACACUUGGUCAUGUUCCGCGAGGAUUCCAGGACGCUCGUGUACCUCACAUCACCAUCGACAUCAUCAAGUCCUUCGCUUCGGAGCUUCCGUCGACUGUCAUCGUUCUCCUUAUCGAGCACAUUUCGAUUUCCAAGUCAUUCGGUCGUGUCAACAACUACACCAUCAACCCUUCGCAGGAGCUGGUCGCCAUUGGUGUCAGCAACUGUCUCGGUCCGUUCCUUGGUGCUUACCCUGCCACUGGCUCUUUCUCCCGUACCGCCAUCAAAUCCAAGGCUGGUGUGCGUACUCCAUUCGCUGGUGUCAUCACUGCUGUUGUGGUUUUGCUCGCCAUCUAUGCCCUCCCAGCUAUGUUCUGGUACAUACCUAAUGCCACGUUGGCUGCCGUCAUCAUCCACGCUGUGGGUGACUUGAUCCUGCCACCCAAUACCGUUUACCAAUUCUGGAGAAUUUCGCCCAUCGAAGUCCCAAUUUUCUUUGCUGGUGUAUUUGUAACAGUCUUCUCCAGUAUCGAGAACGGUAUCUACACCACUGUCUGUAUCUCCUUCGCGCUAUGGGCUUUCCGUGCCUUCAAGGCCAGGGGACGCUUCCUCGGUCGUGCGAAGAUCCACUCUGUCGUGGGAGACCACCUUCUCGACCCGACAGAAGACACCAAGCCGGACCAGAAAAAGAGCCCUACCGAACCUGAGCAUUCUGUUCGCAGUAUUUUUUUGCCCAUCGACCAUCACGAUGGCUCCAACCCGCAGAUUCAGCUCGAGGAUCCCUACCCAGGUAUCUUCCUCUACAGAUUCAGCGAAGGUUUCAACUACCCCAAUGCCAACCACUACCUCGAUGACCUUGUAGAGACCAUCUUCAAGAAGACACGUCGCACAAAUCCUACCACUUACGCACGCCUUGGCGACCGACCGUGGAAUGACCCCGGCCCACGCCGCGGGAAGCAGCAAGAAGAGAGCGACGAACGCCCAACGCUCAAGGCCAUCAUUCUUGACUUCUCUUCCGUCAACAACGUCGAUCUCACAUCCAUCCAGAACCUGAUCGACGUGCGCAACCAGCUCGACAAGUACGCCGCCCCAGACACGGUGGACUGGCAUUUCUGCAACAUCAACAACCGCUGGACCAAACGCGCCCUCGCCGCCGGCGGCUUCGGAUACUACACCCCCGAGCCCGACGCGAGCGGCGUCCACCGCUGGAAACCUGUCUUCUCCGUCGCCGAGAUCGGCGGCUCGCAAUCUGCCGCGGCUGCUGCUGAAGCCGCGGAGAACCGCCACGCAAAGCGCAAUCUUUCGCAGGUGCGCAGCCACGACAUCGAAGAGGCACACGAGAGCGAGUCGAGUGACGCUGGCUCGCUGAACAAGCAGCUUGAGUUCAGCAAGGCGUAUGGCGGCAUCGAGGGCGAUACCACGGGCGUGACUGCUGGCAGAAUCGCGGUUGUGCAGGGUUUGAACAGGCCGCUGUUCCAUGUCGAUGUUACUGCGGCGCUGAACAGCGCGUUGGCGAAUGCGCAGAGGAAGAGUCAUUAG